AAUGUGAAAUUAAAUACAAGUAGGGUCAUUUGUCCAGCUAUACCUUUAUUUACUGCUUUUUGUCCCCACACAACUAAGCAACCUCAUUCAUGGCUGCCCCAGUUCUCUUCACUCUCCCACUACUAUACUUCCCUCUUUCUUCACAUUAAUUAACUAACAACCAUCAUCAUUUCUCACUUAAAGACUUUCACAAUUUUUCUUCUCUUUCUACUUCUACUUCUACUUCUACUUCUACUUCCUUUGGGGGUUUUCUUGAAUCUACUGACUCAUUACACAUUUGGGUCUAUUUCGGUUUUUGGUUCAAAAACUGGCAAGGAUGAGAGGUGGGGUUUCUCAAAGUUUCAAGCUUUACCUUCUCCAUGUGUUUCUACUGCUGCUUUGAGUAUGAGGGGAUUGAUGUUGGGCAUGCUUUGGAGUAAUUUGUCCAUCAAGCUAUUCUGGGGGUAGGGAAGCAAUCUAGUAGUUGUUCUGGUUGUUGUUUUCAGGGUAUGUGCACCCCACAAAUCGACUAAUGAUGAGCCAACAGAUUUCCUUUUGGGAUGAUGCUAAUCUUCCAUAGGCUUCCGCUUCAACCUCCAGGACUCCAGUUGCAGUUCAGUGAAUUCUCUCAAGGGUUCUUUAAACAUGGACAGAAAGGAGGACACUUUGUUGCCUGAGAUCUCCCCAACUGCUUCUCCUCAGCCCUUUCUCCCUCUUCUGGCACCUUCUCCGUGGGCACCUUUUACAAACAGCACUUUACCAAAAUUAUCGGGACUCUGUACGCUGAAAUUUGAUGCUGUGGAAAGAAUGAUGGGUGUGACAUCAAUUGAUUGUGUUGCUCCAUUUGCGCAGUAUCUGGCUAAUGUCAUGUGUUGCCCACAACUGGAAGCAACUCUUGUUAUUCUUAUUGGGCAGUCUAGUAAAUUCACAAAUAUGCUUGCUUUAAAUGGCACACUUGCAAAGCAUUGCCUUUCAGAUUUUCAGCAAAUUCUGGUGAGCCAGGGUGCCAAUGAUACUUUACAGCACAUAUGCUCUCUCCAUCCAUCAAAUCUGACAGAAGGUUCUUGCCCAGUCAAAGAUGUUCAUGAGUUUGAAACCACAGUGGACUCAUCUAGCUUACUUGCUGCCUGUGGGAAGAUUGACCUUGUGAAUGAAUGUUGUGAGCAAACUUGCCAAAAUGCUAUAUCAGAAGCUGCUAAAAAACUUGCACUAAAAGCAUAUGAUCUUCUGAGCACGGAAGGUGCUGAGGUGCUGACUGACCACUCAACUAGGGUUAAUGAUUGCAGAAGUAUUGUACACCGUUGGCUGGCAAGUAAACUUGACCCUAAUGGUGCAAAAGAUGUUCUUAGAGGACUAUCUAAUUGCAAAAAUAAUAAAGUGUGCCCUCUGGUAUUCCCAAAUACGAGCCAUGUUACAAAAGCUUGUGGAGAUGGGAUGAAUAACCAAACAGCAUGCUGUAGUACCACUGAGAGCUAUGUCUCUCACUUACAAAGGCAGAGUUUUGUAACCAACUUGCAAGCUUUGGAUUGUGCUGCUUCACUUGGAUUCAAGUUACAGAAAGCCAAUGUUAGCAAAAAUAUAUACAAACUUUGUCACAUUAGCCUCAAGGACUUUUCUGUGCAAGUCGCACCCGAAGUUUCUGGGUGUCUUUUGCCUAGUCUACCAUCAGAUGCUGUACUUGACCAAAGUUCGGGGAUCAGCUUCGUCUGUGAUUUAAACGAUAACAUUCCAGCCCCUUGGCCAUCUCUCUCUCACUUACCAGUUUCGUCAUGCAAUAAAACUAUGAAAAUUCCUGCGCUUCCUGCGGCAGCAUCUGGCCAGAUCAGUCUGAACAGCUUAAGCAUCGGGUCUCAUCUGCGUCUCUUGGCCUUGACGGCUCUUGGAAGCCUCUUUUAUACUUAAUGCUGCCAUUCCUGCUCAAUUAACCUUUAUUGCGAGCAAGUCUCAUGAAAUGAUGAUACAAGUAACGAAUAUCUUUAAGUUAAUAGUGCUGAAGGUUCUGAUUUUCCUCAAGUCUAAUGUGUACAAAAGCAGCUGGAAAAUCAUGAUCCGGAGUAAGAAUCCCACUCGGAGAAGAUUCCAAGUUUGAGUUUUCCGACCCUAUUUGUUCCUCAUUCUUGCGUAAUGAGGAAAUUUUGUAAAAGUAAUUCAGGAGGAGGUUGAAUUCCAUGUAAUUAUUUAUUUCCACUUAGAAAAAACCUGUCUUGUAUUGUAUAUGUCUGAAAUUCAAAGUCCUGAGAAAUUAUUGUGUCAUUAGCUAAUGCAUUAGGUAGGUCUCUAGGGGUUGGGAUGUUUUGUUUGUCAUUUUUCUUUUGUUUUCAGUUAUGCAUCAGAACUAAUACAAUAUCACAAUUGUACCAUCUAUUUCUGUUCAGUAGAUAAAGGUAUUGCAAAUUGCAGCACCUUCCAAGUGAUAA